AUGGGGAACUCUAAUACGAAAGAGUCCCGCGAGGGCGAUGCUUCUCGCCGUUAUUCACAACAACAACCCGUCGAUCCUUCCAUCCGCGAUCAUCUCCAACGACAAGAUAACUCCAACAAUAGAUCAAGUCGUCGUAUUAGUAGAGCUGAGAUCAAUAUCUUUGGCCUAGGUCCUUCCUCACGCAACCGUGAUCAACAAGAUGCUCCCUUUGAACGUCGCGAGACCAAACAAGAGCGCGAGGCGAGGAGACUAGAGAGGGAACGUGUGGCUCGAGCCAAGGAACGAGAGAGGAGCAUGCGCGAGGAACAUGUCGACGGAGGGUAUUUGGUUACGUUGGGUACCUAUACUGGUACUGAGGACUUUAGCAAGCCUGUUGUGAGGCAGUUACAGAUCGAAAGAAAGCUUGCGCCGUUCUGGCGGGGCCUAAAUGAUUGGUCUUCAAGCUGGGCUGAACAUCAACUUAUCGCUGCUGCUCGUGGCCUCGACGUUCCUCCCGCCGAUGCGCCGCCCGACCCAGAGCUUGUCCCUCAACCGCUCCCCUCAUCAGCAGACAACCCGUCUUCGUCGAACAAUAACCUCCAAAACUUGACGGUUCCGAUGGGACCUAGGACUCUUUCUGCCGCAUCAGACCGUAGCGGAUCAGGAUCGCCGUCCACCGGACAAGGCAAAACACCCUUUAAGCCUCGAGCUAAGGCUCUCGCGGCUGCUCUCAGUGGUGGUUCCAGAAACGCUUCUUCGACCGAUUUGACCCCCAAGGAAAUCUCUCUACCCAAUGAUCCUUUCGUCAACGGACAGCCUCUCGAGGUUUUCCUUUACAAGGACGCUGAUGAGUGUCCUAUCUGUUUCUUGACAUACCCACCUUACUUGAACAGCACCAGAUGCUGCGACCAACCUAUCUGCAGCGAAUGCUUUGUUCAGAUCAAGCGCUCCGACCCGCAUCUUCCCGAGCAUCAUCCCAACGGCGAAGCUCGAGACCCCAACGAAGGACUCAACGCCGAUGACCCGCCUGAGCUACUAAUCUCGGAGCCUUCUGCAUGCCCGUACUGCCAGCAACCCGAGUUCGGAGUGACCUACGAACCUCCACCUUUCCGCCGAGGUCUUAUCUAUUCAACAGGCAACAACCACAACACAGCCAUGUCAUCGCAGACUUCGUUGAACAGCACCCUUCAAACCCCAACUACGCCCGGCCGUCGGCGCGCACAUAGUUUGUCCGCGAACGCGCCGAACGUUAUAACAACUGACCGCGUGAGACCGGACUGGGCGGCUAAGCUUGCUUCAGCACGGAACCAUCAAGCCCGUCGAGCAGCUGCCGCCACAGCCCUCCACACAGCCGCUUUCCUCAUGGGCGGCAACGAGCAACGAACUAUCCUGCGCGCCCCGAGACUCGGCCGAAGAAAUACACGACCCACCGAAGAAGGUACUUCCAGCACAGGUGCGCAAGCUGAGGGUGCACAAGACGAAGCGACUGAGGGACAGCCUGAGGCAGGAGCUCGCGGCACACGGAGGAAUCGCAUGGAAGAGCUCGAAGAAAUGAUGCUAAUGGAAGCUGUUCGUCUCUCGCUUGCUUCCGAGGAGGAAAGGAAGCGCAAGGAAGAUAAAGCCAUCCGAAAAGAGACCAAGAGACGAGAAAAAGAGGAGAAGAAAGCUGCUAAGAAAGGCGGCAAUCCUUAUAGUGGAAGUGCCAGCGGAGCCAGCGGCAGCAGUUUGUCGCUAGGAGGACUGGGUCGUCGACGUGGUAAUAGUACUGCCAGCAAUCUACGUGUCGAGGCGACCAUGUCGAGAGCUUCGCAAGCGAGUACCCCGGAUUCACCUGAGCCGAAAAACGAUAGCGGAAAGGGAAAGGGCGUUGAUCGAGGAACAGCAGAGUCUCAACCUGGACCAGCUUCAUCGUCGAGUUCUUUGCCUCUGCCAGCUAAUCCCUCGCGCGGAGGCUCUCAUCUUCGACAAAUGAGCAACGCUUCUUCAGUAGGCUCUUCCGUCAACGAUAGUCCCGUCGGUACAUACACAGGACCCGAUUAUCUCGGCACCGAAGCCGCAGGUCCUCGAUCAAGCGGCCUAAGCCUUGCAUACAGCGACGACGGAGAGCGUGAUGCAGGAAGUGCUGGUUCAGAACCCAUGUUCAACUUUAGCAGUCUUGCCCAAAUGGUCGGCGCAGACCUCGACGGUGGCCGUCACGAAGACGAUGAUGGUUACGCCCGUCCACUAUCACAAGUACAAGAAGACGACAAAGAAGACGCAGAGGCAGAACAUGUCGAGGGUGUAAAGACCGAAGUUGUGCCUAACAGCAACUUAGCCACGCCCGCGCUCAUGGUCACGCCUGAAACACCAGCGGCACCGGAACAUGAGGCGGAACAUGAGAGUAAGCAACUUGGACACUCUGUCACACAAACAUACCGCGAACAAAGAGAUGUGUAG